GCAUUCCACGUGGCAGUUGCAGGUGACCGUGCACUCGAUCAGUCGUGCGCGGCCGGGCACCGUAGGCGAGUCCGUGGGAUACCGGCCGCUCCCCUUUAUCGCUUCGCCCACUCCCCCACACCUCCGACCGCAACGGGCGGAGUUCGCGGUGCAAACCCAACUCUGCCGCCCCCUCCACACCCCAACAAGACCCACCUCCCCCUCCCUCUUUCCAAUUCCACCGUGCGACAGUACAAAUCCGUUCGUUCCCACAUAUUAAACCACCCCAACCUCCCCAUCUAUCCUCGAUUUCCCACCUCUCAUCCCUUCCCUCGACCCCUCUUCCCCCACAAAAAUACUAAAAACAUACAGCACCACCAAAAUAGGAAAUAAAUUAAUUACUUAAAACCACCAGUAGCAACUAUGGCAAUUUUCAAAUGGAAAUGAAAAGAUUCCAAAACGAGGACAACUUUUCUGCUUUUCUCUCUUCUGCUCCCUCUCCUUCGCAUCAAUGGCUCGCCCCUCCGUUCUUAUUAUUCUCUCUCUCGUCCUCUCCGUUCUCCUUCUCGUCCCCUGCCAUGUACGAUCCCGAUCCACCAUCCAAACCGGCAGCGGCCUUCCAUUAUUAGAAAACGCGGAGGAAGUCGCCGCCCGAGAGGAAGAAGAAGCGCAGCGGCGGCGGCGCACGAAGUGCGAAGGCCGGUGGAUCCACAUCCGCGACCUCCCGCCGCGGUUCAACACUGACCUCCUCCAAUCCUGCAAUGCGUUCCCCCUCUAUGACGACGGCAAUUUCUGCCCCUAUCUCGCCAACCACGGCCUCGGCCCCCUCACCCACAACCGCUCCCGGAGCUGGUACCGCACCGACCCCCACAUGCUCGAGCGCUUCUUCCACCGCCGCCUCCUCGAGUACCCCUGCCUCACCCCCGACCCGGCCCUCGCCGACGGCGUCUUUCUCCCCUACUACGCCGCCCUCGAUGCCCUCCCCUUCCUCUACCACCCGCCCCUCUUCAACUCCAGUGCCCUCCACGGCCGCGACCUCGCCGAUUUCCUCCGCCGCGACCGCCCCGCCAUCUGGGGCCGGCACCAAGGCCACGACCACUUCCUCGUCCUCGCCCGCCCCGCCUGGGACGUCUCCCAGGAACCCGACGCCGACCCCCUUCUCUGGGGCACCUCCUUCCUCCGCCUCCCCGACUUCCUGAACGUCACCGUCCUCUCCCUCGAGGCCCGCCCCUGGCCCUGGCAGGAGCGUGCCAUCCCCCACCCCACCUCCUUCCACCCGGCCACCCUCGCCCGCCUCGAAGCCUGGCUCGCCCGCGCCCGUCGAGGCCGCCGCACCAACCUCAUGCUCUUCGCCGGCGGUGGCGGUGGAGGCGGCCCCAACAUUCGCGGCAGCAUCCGGGCCGAGUGCGAGAACCGGACCGACAUCUGCGAGGUGGUCGACUGCUCCGGAGGGGCCUGCUCCCACGACCCCUUCCGGUUCAUGCGGCCGAUGCUCCGGUCCAGCUUCUGCCUCCAGCCGCCUGGCGACACGCCGACCCGGAGGUCCACCUUCGACGGGAUCCUGGCCGGUUGCAUCCCGGUGUUCUUCGAGGAGAUCGGGGCGCGGGCGCAGUACGGGUGGCACCUCCCGAAGGACCAAUUCGAGAAGUUCUCGGUGUUUAUUCCGAAGGAGGAGGUUGUCUUCAACGGGGUCCGGAUCGCCGACGUAUUGGCGGCGAUACCGCCGGCGGAGGUGCGGUGGAUGCGGAAGAACGUGUUGGAGCUGGCGCCCAGGGUGAUGUACCGGCGGCACGGCAGCUCGGCGGGGCUCCGGGCGAGGAAGGAUGCCGUGGAUCUGGCCAUCGACGGGGUGCUCAGGAGAGUCCGCCGCCGGGUGCGGGCGCUGGAGGAGGGGGAUCCGAAUCCGCUCAUCUUCGAUGAGGACGCCGGCGAGCGGUGGUAGGAUGGACGGUCUGGAUUGGCUCUAGGGUUUUCCUUUCCUUUUCUUUUGCCUUUUUCCUCUAUUAGGACAGGUUUUGUAAUUGUUAUUCUGCGUCAACUAAAUUAAGCAAUUUGCUGGCGUGAUACCACCGAAAAGGAACGGUGGAUAAGCCCAAAUCCUUAGGUUGCCUGGCGUUAAAUUAAACUUAUUGGAUAUAUAUUAAAUGUUGCGUAAUAAGCUUCUGGUA